AGUCAAAGUGCAAGACCAAAUCGGAUCCUGCCAAAAAUACUACAUUGGCCAACCAAAGAAAAAUAUUACAUAAUAACUCAUUGCAUGUCUUGUUUGAAACUCAAACUAAUCAGUCAGUCCAACUAAAUCCAAAUUUCAAAAUACUCUUUUCUUUUCCUUUUAGUCUUGUACAAAUGCAAUGAAUACUUGAUUAGAAGAGCCAAAGGAUCAAACACAAAUUAAGAGAGAAAGAUCAAACAAAGAGAAGCAAAAAAAAAAUUAAGUUAAAUCAAGAACAACAAGAGGAAAAUACAACAUUAUGGCUUGCUUUUUUCCAUAUAAUAGUAGGAACUUGGAUACAAGUUUCUUCAUAUUCAGGCCAACAAUAGUGAUCGUGGAUGAUCUUGUGGAAGCUCUCAAGCAUUUCUCUUAUUCUACAGAAAGUCUUGGAUGUGUACACAGUGCUAUUUUUAGAAGCAUUCAUGGGAAUAUGAUAGUAUGGUAUGGAGCAUGGAUAAAGAGAUCCAGUGAGAAUAAGGACUCACUAACUGCAACUCUUCUCUCAAAAUUAACAAGUAUAUCAAGCAUGUCAAUCCUACUGGAAUAUGGCUUCUUUGAUGCAUAUGCCGGAGAAUCAAAAAAUCAUUCACCUGCCGCGAAAUUCUAUACAGGCGACAUAGUUUCCAUGAACUCUGCCUCUUUCUCCCAUCAUGACAUGCCACUCGAAGACUUUACAUACGCGUGCUUAGCUAUUUUUAAGGACCGAUUUUAUAAGAUGAAUGGCGCGAUUUCUGGGGUUUGCUUAAAGUGCCAACCACUAUCCAAAGUUGCGGCCCUUUUCGUGUGGAAAUCCUUGCAAUGCUGCUAUAAUUACAUCCUGAAUCAAGAUUCUAGAAGUGUUCUUUCUUAUUUUGAUGGAUUUUCACUAGAGUUAAAAUAUGAUGUAUUUAGAGUUGUAUAUGUUAGUGGAGACAGUGCCUUAAAUUUUCAUCUUUACCCUCCACACAAGAUGUUGGAGGGCAAAGAAGGGCUGCAUAAUAUUACUCAAAAUCUGAAUAGAAUUGCAGAAUAAAAAUUGAAAAUAAGGAUUAGUAGGUAAAGUUUUAUAUAUUUAGUGUAGUAUUGGGCAUAGAGACAUGUGGACAUGCCUUCAAUUUUGGUAUGUAAUUGAUAAAUUUAUUGUGUGAAAAAUGAAAUUUUGCUUUUAUUA